CAGAAGGGGAACCCCCUAGCUCCCCUCCGAAACGAAGCAAACUCACGAGCUCCCGCCAAAUUAAUCUCCUCCAUCCAUAAAUACGAAUUUCGACGCAGAAGACGACGGAGCGUCGAUCCAUCUCGAUCGAUCGAGUUGUUCGUCCGUCGCAUGCAACUUGCAGCAGGCGCCUUCUUCUUCGGCGCGACGAACUAGCUAGCUAGGACCCCAUCCGGCGGUGCACCAUGCUGCGGUCCACCGGCGACCGCGUCGUCGUCGUGGGCGGCGGCAUCGCCGGCGCCCUCCUCGCCAAGACGCUCCAGAACCACGCCGACGUCGUCCUCAUCGACCCGAAGGAGUACUUCGAGAUCCCGUGGGCCAACCUGCGCGCCAAGGUGGACCCGGCGGCGGUGGAGCGCACGGUGAUCGCGCACUCCGACUACCUGACGCACGCCAAGGUGGUCACCGCCUCCGCCGUCGGCCUGGACGACUCCGUGGUGCUCACCUCCAUCGGCCGCGCCGUGGCGUACGACUUCCUCGUGGUCGCGACGGGGCGCACGUGCAACCGGCCGCAGAAGCGGUCGGACCGGCUGGAGAUGUUCCAGCGCGACAAGGACCGGAUCGACGCGGCGGAGUCGGUGCUGAUCGUCGGCGGCGGGCCCAUCGGCGUGGAGCUGGCGGCGGAGAUCGUGAUGAAGAGCCCCGAGAAGCGCGUCACCAUCGUCCACGGCGCGCCGCGGCUGCUCAAGGUCAUGGGCGCCCGGGCGUCGGCCAAGGCGCUCGAGUGGCUGCGGUCCAAGAACGUCACCGUGCUGCUGGACCAGACGGUGGACCUGGCGUCGGCCACCCCGGACACCCGGACGUUCACCACGUCGGCGGGGGAGACGCUGGAGGCCGACUGCCACUUCGUGUGCACGGGCCGGCCCGUGGCGUCCGGCUGGCUCGGCGGGACGAUCCUCGGGGAGCACGUGGACGAGGAGGGCCACCUCCGGGUGGACGACCACCUGCGCGUCGGCGGGCUGCGGAACGUGUUCGCCGUCGGCGACAUCACGGACGUGCCGGAGGCCAAGCAGGGCAACCUGGCGCAGCGGCAGGCGAUGGUGGUGUCCCGGAACCUCCGCCUGCUGGUCAAGGGUGCCCCCCGGGAGGAGAAGCUGCACCGGUACAAGCCGUCCCCGAGGACGUCCAUGACCGUGACGCUCGGCCAGCGCGACGCGCUGGCGGAGCUGCCGUUCAUGACGCUCAUCGGGCACAUCCCCGGUGCCGUCAAGCCACGGGACCUCUUCAUCACGAGGACGCGCAGGAUGAUGGGGAUCAAGAGCAAACCCUACGGCACGAUGCCGCACGUCAUGUGAGGGAGAUCCCAUCUAUCGACGAUGACGUCCCCGGCCCCGGUCCGGCGAUCCUUCAAUUCCGAUGACCAA